AUGGUUUUAAGUGAGAAAGUAGAUAAAAACGCAAGAUUAGAUCGUCACUCUGGAACUGGUUUGAGAGGAUUGCCAAAGAAAGAGGGAUAUGGUAAAUAUGGUUGGGGAAAGGAAGGAGAGAUCUACGACGAAGACUUUAAGGAUGAAGAAGAACUCAACCGUGAAGCUCAACCAAAGGUUGUUGUAGAGAAGGCCAAUAGUCCUAAAUAA